CGCACCGCUCAAUUCACCAUUGGCCGCAGCACCCGCUUCCCUUCCUUUCCCUUCCACACCGCCACUGCGUCUCUUUCUCCUCCUCCUCCUCCUCGCUCGCUCCCCGAAAAACCCAACCGAACCACCACCACGCCGCGCCGCUCCAGCCGCAUUCCCGGAAUCCUCGAGGCCGGCGGCCGGCGGCGGGCGGGGGCGCCAUGGGGGCUGGCCCGGAUGCGGCGGGAUGGACCGCCGAGGACGACGUCCUCCUGAAGAACGCCGUCGAGGCUGGUGCCUCGUUGGAAUCGUUGGCUAAAGGAGCUGUAUGCUUCUCCCAUAAAUUCACUCUUCAAGAAUUGCAGGAUCGCUGGUAUUCAUUGCUAUAUGACUCGGAGACCUCAGCACAAGCAUCUGCUCGCAUGGCCAAGUAUGAGAUGGACCUUUCAGUCUCCGAUCCUGCUAAAGCAAUGAAGCUCUUCCACUCAAAGGCAAAAUGCUUUUCCCUGUGCAAGCGGAAAAUAGAUAGUGUAAAGAAUAAGUACUACGCAAUGAGAAAGAGAGUUUGCCAUAAACCAUGUUUGCCUGCUGAUUUUGGUCAUGUUAUUGCACCCUGCUCAUGUAAUCCUACUGAUGGUGGUGGUUGUGCAUGUGGAGGCCAUCAUUUGGUUCACACAGUUGAUCCAUCAGCAGCUGUUGGAAGUGACUAUGGGUUUACGGGUGGAAGCUAUUCUGAGAGAAAGCAUGUACAUUACAAUGGUAAAGGACAAUACUCAUUCCAUACAGAGCAAUCUGAUGGCAGCAUGGUACUGGAUGAAAGCCUGCAUGGCCAUUCAGAUGCAGACCAAUUAUAUGGAUAUGAUGACACGCAGAAGAAUUCUCAGACCAGUGGAAGUAAUAUAAUCUCUUCAGAUAAUAGAUCAGAUCUUAGUGAUCAGUUUGACAAUGGAGCGAAAGGAUCAAAGGCUCUACCGGGCAUUGAUCAAGAUCAAGAUGGUAAAAAGCAUGGCCAAUUUUCUGGGAACAGCACAGGAGGAUUACCUAAGCCUGGCUCAAUCAAAGAAAUUAGUCCAAAGUGGCGUUCUCAGGAGCCCAGUGUUCUUACUUGGAGUAUGGUUCUGGGUGUUAAUUCACCUGAUUUGCUGACAGAUAUGGGUGUGCUUGAACCAAAAACUCUUAUGCUUUGUGAUGUCAAGAAAAUGAAAACAAAUGUCAGUGAUGCACUUGCAUCUCAGUCUCAGGCAAAUUUAGAUAGUCUAAUACCUGAUUCUGGUUCAGGGAGUGCAGUGGCAUCAGAAGGUGGAUUCAUGCAUUCCCAUCUAAAGGGUUUCAGUCAGAAAGAAGACCUUGAGGUCCUCAGUGGUGGACUUUUUUCAGAUUCUGCAGUGGACACAAAUCAGAAAGAUUCAGGGCUCCAUACCUUUGAUGCAACCAAAUAUGCUAACCACAUAGAUCCUGUUCAAAGGAAACAAAGUGUGGCAGAUGUUUCUGAAGCGGACACUAUACCUGCUUCAUCGGGAAUGCUUUAUCCUGAACAUAAUGCCAAGUGCGUGUUGAACACAGAAGAUUCUGAAAUCCCUUUCAGUGAUCAUAUAUUUAUACCCUGUCAGUCCUCUUUAGAACCCACCUCCUCCAUGGACCAGGAUUCUCAGCACGGUACAUGUUUGGUUCUGGCUAAACUUAUAAAUAUGGAAAAUGCCCAACCUUCAUCACCAUCACCACUAGUAAAUCUGGAAUCAGGCAUCCUAGAGAAAAAUACAAUGGUGUCUCUUAAUGAAGGUUGUAUUAUGGGAAAUGAGCCACGGGGCCUGCAUGGUGAUUUUGGUGGUAACAAUGCAAACAUGUGUGUUUCAGCUCUGCAUUCUGUUGAUGGAGAUGAAGAAGCAGCUUAUGGUUUUGUUAAACAUGAGUAUUGUGAUAAUUUGCAUAAUGUGACUUUGAACAAGUCAAUUCAAGGGCCCGGUCAAAUGAAUGGCGAGUUUCUUUCUGAUAAACCCAAAAUAGGCUGUGAAACUGCUAUCAAAAGCUGUCAGUUGUCUGAUGCAUUUCCAGAUACAGAAUUUGAUAAUCCCAUUGGAACUAUUUCAACUUUGAGCCAAGCAGAAGGAUCUGACAGUGAAAGUAGCGUUCCAAACUAUUUUGACCUAGAAGCAUUGAUACUUGAUCAGGACCUGAUUCCGUGGGAUCAAGAAUCUGACUUCAUCCAACCGGAAGUUUCAAGGUUUCAGUAUCCUGAAAGCAGGAAGGAUCUGAUAAGAUUAGAGAAAGGGGCUUGCUCUCAUAUAAACAGAUCUAUCAUGUCUAAGGGGGCUUUCGCCAUUCUUUAUGGCCAACAUUUGAAAUGCUACAUAAGGGAUCCUGAGGUAACCCUUGGGAGACAAACAGGAGAGGUACAUGUUGAUAUCGAUUUGGGAAAGGAAGGGAAGGCAAAUAAAAUAUCCCGUCGACAGGCAGUUAUCAAGAUGGAUGAUGGUGGAUCUUUCUGCAUAAAAAAUAUUGGGAAGUGUUCAAUUUUUGUGAAUAGCAAAGAAGUACCAUUUAACAAACGUAUCAGCUUAAUUUCAGACUCAUUACUUGAGAUAAGGAACAUGAAAUUCAUUUUUCACGUGAACCAUGAUGCUGUAAAGCAACACAUAGCACGAACUAGACGUGGAAGAUCCCGAGGCGAGAUCACAGCAUUUGAUUGGAAUCAGAACCCAUAAAUUAAAGUAACGAGGAAGCCUAUUUAUUACUUAUAAUAGCUAAUAUAUCUUUGUCCCAGAUAGAACAUGUCAUCCAGUUAAAUUAGCUCCAGCUGCCAUAUGUAAAUUGAUGUAUAUUCUUGGUUCUUCUAUCCUGAUUAGCUCAAACUACGUUCUUCGGAACUGGGCUUCCAUAGUUUUCUACUUUGCUUCAUUUCUUUCCAUAAAAUCUUUGUUGUUGGAAAAAAUGUAGCUUAAUUGCAGUUAGAAUCCUCAAAGAUGACAACCCUAAUACUAAAAUUCUAAUCCCAAAGGCCUGUUUGGGUCAGUACUUCA